AUGAUGGCCUCGUCGACGAAGACCAGGGAGAAGAAGAGAGAGAGGAAGGGACGGACCAGAGGGAGGUCUUCAUCGACCGCCCAGCACGGGUGGGUACAGCAGGUAUCCGCGGCUACGGCAACGGGAGAAGGCGGGACGAGGGUAGACGGGCGGGAAACAGAAGCAGCCAAGACGGAUAACGUGAUAUGCCCUCAGUUUCGUCUUCACAAUCUUUUUUGCACCGGCACCGCCACCACCACCACCACCGCAUCGGAUAACGACGACAACCAAAGCGGCCAAACUUCGGGGAAACCAACACUCGGUCCUCGCCGUAAGCGUCCGGUCAAGACAGAAGCUGGAGCCACCCGUGAGGGAAGAUCCAUGGCGCCGCCCCGUCGAAGUGCCUCAGCUUGCGGGGGUGGUGGAGGAAAGCAGGUCGGGUUUCUGGAUCAGACGAAGGAUGCGCUUGUGCGCUCGACGCAGGCCGUGUUCGGCAGCGACUACGACAUGGAUGACGAUGACUUCGCCUUCUUGGAGCAACUGAACGGUGGUAGGAGCGCCGGAGGAGGCUCGAAAAUGGCGACGGGGGGUGUUUUUCCGGGAGAGAAAGGGUGGGCUGUCAGCGCAAACCUGUUUGAGGGGAUGAUCGAAAGGCUGGAGCGCCAGGAGUCUCGUGCGCGUGAUACAUACUCGGACACCCACCGGGGCGCCACCAACGUAGGCAGUGGCUUGGCCGGAGCACGGGAAACGGCAUCUAGGAGAUCGAAGGGCUGGAAGGGAAAGGGGAAACAGCCGGCUUCGCGCAGCGGCAGGAGUUCCGGAGGGAACGAAGAAGAGGAAGAGGAAGAAGACCGAGCGGCGGUGUCGGACGAUCAGCUGCUGGAUGUGUUCAGGUACUGGGCAAAGAAACGCGAGGCUUACGGAGGCCCGAUGCUCCGGUGCUUCCACCCUUUCAUCAUGAAGCUAUGGCGCCGAAUGGAGGACCCGGUCAGGGAGGCGGAAGAUCAGGAGGAGGGGAAGGACCCGCACGCGUCCCCGGAGGCAUUCGAUACGCUCAAGAGUUUCCGACAGGACCUUGACAAAGCUCGGCUGGUGGUGGACUGCGUCAAGCGCCGCGAAAAGCUCAAGAGAUCUGCGAUCCGCUUCGCCAAUGCCUACUGGAAGAUCUUUGAUGACACCAUGGAUGCGCCCCGCCCACGCACACCCAGGCCUUCCCAACCAAAGGUGACCACAACCCCGGCUGCACCACCGGCUGCGCCACCGCUGCUGUCCACAUCUGCCCGCCCUUCCACUCGCCGGGCUGCAAGGACCACAAGCGGGGCGGUCAGCAACGGUGUCAACGUUGACGGUGGUGGUGCUAGUGGGGCCGGAGGGAGCCGUAGCAGUGGACGAGCGGCAGCCGCAGCGGCUAGGGCGGCGGUGGCAGCCCUUGCUGCUGCUGAAUCGAUGGAAGAAGACGAUUACGAUGCGGGUGUGGAGGAGCAAGAGCAUGGUGGGGAGGGAGAACGGGAGGAAGAGGUACCACUGCCACCACCGCUACCGGCAAAAUUGAACGGCAAGGCAGGGGGGUUGGCGGAGCAGGAACAAGGCUGGAACACGUUCGCACAGCUGCCGACUCGGGCGGUAGCUAUCCCCACUUCAGUACGGCCCUCGAGGCAGAAGAAAAAAGGACCAGGGGUACAGCGUGGGAGAAACGAGGUUCGGGAGCGCGCGUUGCAGGCGGUGGCUAACCCUGCUCGAGGCCUGUUCGUGCACCGUGGCGUGGCUGGGGGCGAUGUUGCCGUGGACCGCCGCCACGAAAGGCUGAACUCGAGAGCGGUGGAGCUGGCGGAGAAAGAUGAGGCGAUUCCUGGGGCUCCGCAGCACCAGCGCUCCACCAACUCAAGCAAGCCGGCGGGAGAGGCCGCACCACCGGUCAAUGCUGAAGAGAAAAUAGACGAAAGAGCGAGGCGCCGGGAACGUUUUAACUCGGCGUCCUCGGCUGCUCUUGCGCAGCAACAGGCGAGCCGUCGUCAGCAAUCAAACCGUCAGCAAUCAAACCGUCAACAAUCGAGCACUCGGCAGUCGAGCCGUCAACAGCCAAGCCGCCAACAGCCAAGCCGUCAACAGCCAAGCCGUAUGCAUCGGCUUCGAGAGCCGCAAUCAGAGGUGGUUCAGGCGGACGAAGAACAGGAUGAUAGCGCAGAGGUCCAAGAUCUCAAAGCCCCCACUGCGGCUGGACGCGUGAGUCGGCGGGGUGGCGCUGGCUUACGAGACGGAGUUGCAGGUCGGCGGGGAGUUCGGGGUGCAAACGAGCCCGAGAAGGUGAACGAGGCCCGCAACAACAAGACGAAAAAGCGACGCAAGGCUGCCUUUGGACCCGAGGACGCUGAAGAAGAGAGCAACAAUUUCGACGGUGCAACCAAGGGGCGUCAGGUGACGGCGCGUGGAUCUGAAAGGACAAAGCGCCGCCGGCUGGACGAGAACACCAAUGUCGAGAACGGAGCGCUGAGCAACGUGAGGCAGCACCGCGCAAGGUCAUCUUCUGCCUCUUCCUCUUCAUCCUCUGACCACCCGUCCAUCUCCAACACGAGAGCAAGCCGGUCGGAAGCGGCAGUGGUGGUAAUGGAAGAUGUUCCGAUGUCGCCCAAGGCGGCCGUGAUGUUGCCUGGAAGCAAGAACCACAAGACCACCUCCAGGUCUGGCAGGCGCAAGUCCAGGUUUGCCAACGAUGGGCGCAGUAAUCGCGCAUUGGCGCGUCUGUCAUAAGCCCGAGGCCACAAUUUUUUCGCUCGACAGGAGUUUUCGAUGAUGAAUUUAAGGAAGAGCUUUCGGGAGUGAGGGGCAGCGGAUGCGUGCGAGACCUGCGACGGGGAAAACGGGCAAGGGAGAACUUCUGUGAAACGGGGUGAUGGCUUGCUUAGCUCGAAGGUGUGCUUUUGCGGUCGCUGUUGUAUGGCCGUCCGAAACGUGCGUUGUUUGUCAGCAAAGCGGGUGCGGCUGGCCCCCCGCGUCGGGUUCUGGCAAGAGGCAGCCAAAAGACUUGUUGUUGUGAGCUUUUUUGCCCGGUCAUCGGUGCGGCACAUGCUGCCAGCCUUGGCAGAUGGAUUGAUCGAUUUUCCUAGACACGCUAUGCGGACGGUGGUCGUUUUUUGCUGUGCUCCAUUUUUGCCUUCGAGGAUUGUUGCCGCCGCCGACAUUCCCUCCUGUCGUCACCUUGGCCGUGUCUCGACAUGUUGGGCUUUUUAAGCGCCGUGUCUCGACAUGUUGGGCUUUUUAAGCGGUACCAACCACACGACUGUCGUAAGGUUGUCGUGGUUGGCAAGUCUCGCGCGGUGCGCUGCUGCGGAGUCCGUCGUCAUCGUGAAGAGGCAAAAGAAAACGUGGGGGGCACAUUGCAGCGAAUAUCUUGGUGUAGAUGUGCCAUUGGCAAAGUGUCAACACGACAUGCAGUUGCUUGCACAGGGGUGUUCUAGGACGGACCUCGUACCCGCUGCAGUGGAUGGCUCUUGUUGACAAGUGUGACUGCUGUGUUUGCUGUUUAUUGCCGAUGAUGGGGCGCG